AUGAGUAAUCGAAUAUGCUGUGUGGUAAACUGCGAUAAUACUUAUAAAAAUAAAGGAGACUUAAUAUUUUAUAGUUUUCCAAAUAAACCUCAUGAAAAAGAUUUGAAACAUCGUUGGAUAAAAGCUGUUAAUCGGUUGGAUAAAAAUGGUCAAUUAUGGCAACCAAAGUAUCACAGUUUAAUUUGCAGUAAACAUUUUAUUGGCAACCGAAAAUCCAAGGAUCCCAAAAGUCCUUCAUAUUAUAUUCCUUCAUUGUUUCCUGCAGUUUAUAAAAAAAUAUGUAUUAAUGAACAACAACAAAAUGAUCGGUAUCAACGAAAUCGUCAGCGUCAAGAAAUUAAACAGAAAGCUUCUUUAAAUAUUAUUGUGACUAAAUCUACUGAAUCAACUGUUAAUGAAUUGCCUACAUUUAGCAGUGGCGGCUCGUGUGCUUUGAAAGGGGGCGAUCGCCCCAUCGCCCCUAUCUACGAGCCGCCACUGACAUUUAGUAAUAUUGACAAAAUUAGUUGUACUAUUAGUACUCAGGUGUCAUUUGACACUGAUAUUAAUAUUUUUACUUUUGAAUAUUUAUUCAGUAAAACAAGUAAUGAUGUUGGAACACAAGCAUGUAUACCAGUCACUCACAAUAAUACUUUUUUAAAAAAAAAUGUAACAGAUAUAGCAUGUGGUCCUGAUAUAUCUCAUAUCCACUUGAACCAUUUUAGUGGUUUUCAUUCAAUUUGUAAUGAGCAACAAUUAAAAGGUCUUACGGGUACUACAUUUAAAGUAUUCAAUCUCUUACUUUCUUUUAUACCAGUUUCAUCAAAUAGUUCUAUAACAAAAGAAAAUAGGUUAUUAAUUUUUCUUCUAAAAAUAAAAUUAGGUGUAACGUACUCUGCUAUAAGUGCUAUAUUUAAUAUAAAUCCUACAACUGUGACUAGAGUUUUCUAUAAUAUAUUAUAUGCCUUGACAUCUCAAACAAAACAUUUUAUAUUUUGGCCUGACAAAAAAACUGUGUUUAAUACUUUGCCUAAAGCGUUUAAAAGUAAUUAUCCAAAUUGUCGUUGUAUAAUAGAUUGUACAGAAAUCAAAACAGAACAGCCUAGUACAGUCGAACAAAGGGUUUACAUGUACUCACAUUACAAAAACACUUAUACUAUAAAAGUGUUAGUUGCCAUAACUCCUAGUGGAUUCAUAAGUUUUGUUUCCAAAUGCUAUGGCGGAAGAAGCAGUGACACAUUUAUAACAAACGACUGUGGGUUUCUAUCAAAAUUAGAACCAAAUGAUGAAGUCAUGGCAGACAAAGGAUUCCCUGGAAUUAAAGUGAGUUGUGAAAAUGUUAAAAGUGUUUUAGUUGUUCCACCCAUUCUUCAUAACAGAAGAUUCACCGAAGAAGAAGUAUUACAAACAUAUUCUGUUGCUAGUGUGCGCAUACAUAUUGAACGGGUUUUUUCAAGAUUGAAAACAUAUUCAAUUUUAAAUAAAAUUACAGUAGAUUUAUUACCAUCCACAGAUGAAAUUAUACAUAUUUGUUGUGUACUAACAAAUUUACAAAGUCCUAUCAUAAAGGAAUAA